AUGUCGCCUCCACCAUCGCCAAAGACCUUGGUCAGGAAGUCGAAGCCAGCCAAUAUUUUCACAGCCACUGUUCCUGGUCAUCGUAACAUCUCUUCGCCCGUUCCCUCACCUUUGUAUUCAUCAGGCCAUUCGCCCCUGUUGAGGCGUAACACCAACGAAAGUGCUGUGGAUCCUAGCUACUGUCCCGUGCGGCCAGCGCCCUUGGCACCAAGUGCUCCGAUCGAUCUUCCGCUGGCUGGGGAAUCUUUCAUGGAAUGGGAUGAUGACGACGACCGAGCAAGCAAGCUGGCACGUGUCAAGAAGUCGAUUGGCGACUUACGUGCUGCGGCCUCGAGGACACCGAAGGCAGGCUCAAAAGACCGCAAGGCGGAGAAGCUUGUUGGUGCAUCCGAGCCUCUCACUGUCGCAAUGCCAUCUCGACCUCGAGCUCAACGCUCUAUGACAGCUCCCAUCCAACCACUCAUGCCUCAGCCGCAGUCCCAGCAUCAUCAGACAAGUGCAGCACGGCCUGGUCUCCCGCGAACUGUCUCGUCAGGCAAGAUCCGAACUUCGCUUCCUCCUCUGCCCGCGCGAACCUCAUCGACACGUGCUCCAACUGCGACAGCUAUGUCACCGCCUACCACGUAUUCAAGUGCUGAGAAGGUCUCGCACAAGGUUUCUGUACGCAUCGCAGCUGGAACAUCGUCCUCUUCGUUGAACAGGCAACGGGCCACCUCAGACGCAAAAAGUGCGCAGAGCUUCUCGCUGUUUCCCUCAACGCCUGUCUCAACUUUAAGCAAGCGCAGCAGCAAGACGACGACCCCGUCUUCGUCUCCAAGAUCAGUCAAUACCGUUGCCACCACAGUUUCAUCUGGCACAACUGCCGUUGAUAGCGCAGAGUCCCGACAGUCAUCCAUGUCAUUGGGCGACAAGCCACUGCCGAAUCCGCACGCUGCGAACGUAAAGCCGACUAAGCGAAAGGUCGUCAAGCCGGCUCUUGGCAACAAGCGCUUCUCUGUCCUCAGCUUCGCAUCCAUUCGCAGCAGCGGAAGAGGCAAGCCUUCCAAGAAAAUCUCCUCGGCUGCACCUCGUCCUCGAGUCGUUGGUCUUGGAAAGUUUCGUCGCUGGUGGCGAUGGAUGAGUCGUUGCUCAACGCUUCCCGCAAUGACGUCCGCCAAUGCUGUGCAUGAACAGUCCCGGACACGUCAGGUGUCAUCGCCAGUGCCGAGUUGUGACAGCACGCGCGCAUUUCGUGGGCAUUGA